AGUGUAAAUUCGUUUCGCUCGGUUAGGGUUUUUUUCACCCGAAAUCCCAUCGUCCAUCGGUCAGGAUGAAAAUCACGAAACAUAAGAAAACGCGAAAGUAUAUGAGCUUCUACAUAAACAAUUUCGGGUUUCGCGAGCCACUGCUCUGCCUCAUUGAUGGAAGCUUCUGCCAUGCGGCGUACAAGAUCCGGUUACAGGUUGAAGAGCAGCUGAAAAAGUACUUCCAGUGCGAGGUGAAACCGAUCGUGACGGCCUGUAUCAUCACGGAGACGGACAACCUUGGGGCCGGAUUCGUCGGAACCAGUCAGCUGUUGAAACGAUUCCUCGUGCACCGGUGUGGUCACGAAAAGCGGCCGAUCAGUGGCUCCUCCUGUAUCAAGGCCAUCUCGCAAACCAGCCGCUACAUCGUGGCGACCCAAGAUCGCGCGCUACAGGAGUGGAUUCGCUCGAAACCGACCAUCCCGCUGUUCUACCUGCACAACAGUUCCGUGCCAACGUUGGUGCAACCGUCCGAAGCCAAUCGCAAGGCUGCCGCCGAAGGGCAACGCAAUCGGGUCGAAGUGCGCACGCUAGACCACGAAACGCUCACCGGAUUGAAAAAGAAAGAGGGCCUCGCAGAGGCUACCGGGCCGAUCGUGCGGAAAAAGAAACGGCCCAAAAACCCUAAUCCACUUUCGUGCAAAAAAUCAAAAAAGAAGAAAGAAGCGCCCAACGGCGCCGGCGGCCCGUCGGUCACUGAGGGUAAAGUAACGAAGAAAAGUAGGAAACGUAUCAAAUUGCCCAAACAUGUGGUUGAGCAACUCAAAAGUAGUGUAGGCAAAUAAACUGAAUAAUUAAACAGAACCGUUGGUCUGAAGUCAUGUUUAUUGCUCAUUGCACGAGGAUGCCGUUAGAAAACUGUUAGUUUUCUGUCUUCAACCCGAACGUUUAA